AAUAACUCGGUAGCUAAUCUAAUAAAUCCAAUUUGUUUAUUGUUUUGUUUUUGAGGGUGAGAGUCCUUCAAAACAUUCCACCCAAUGACAAGCUGCCACGUUAGCUCCUGACAGCCACUGAAAAUUGGGAAGGCCCUUCAACUGCCCAACUCAUCCAUAAUCUGGAAGUGAUAAUAAGCCGAGCCAAGGCCAUGGCCGCCGCCUUCUCCUCCGCCGCCUGCCUAUCCUUGUCCACCACAUCCCACCACCACCACCACUCCCCCAAAUUAUACAUCGGUCGCUCCACCUCCAAAUCCCCUCGCCCCCUCACGAAGCUCCACGUAUCAUCCUCGAAGCCCAUCAGCGGCGCCGCCGCGACGACCAAAAAGAACGAAGAGACCAUCUUUUUCGACGGCGGAGCUCACUACGGAGACCUGGUGGCGAACCUGGUGCUGGGGUUCACUCUGUUGUGGCUGCCGCUGACACUGGCGGCCGUAUUCCGAGCAUUCUUCCUGCGGUACAGAUUCACGGACGUGAGGGUGACGGUGAUAUCCGGGCUGACCGGUCAGGACAGGAGCGACUUCUCGUACGAGGUAGUGAAGGAUGUUCAGGUUGUGCCCAGGUUUAUUGGCGAGUGGGGUGACGUCAUCAUCACCUUGAAAGAUGGUACCAAGGUUGAUCUCAGGAGCGUGCCUCAGUUUAGGGAGAUUGCCAAAUACUGUUUGGCUAUGGCGGAUAAGCCUCUUCUUCUCAAAGAAACUACCUCUAAAGGAUUCUGACUUUUCACUUGCUUUUCUGUAACUAAAAUUCUCAUGUUUUCUCCAGAUUUUCUUAUCUUCUUUUUGUAUAAUUCAUUCUUGUAUUAUGCCGAUACCUUCAUGCCACAUUUCUUUCUGUUACGCUAUAAAUUGAUUCUCAUGCUUUUCAGUACAGAGAAAAA